AUGCUAUAAUAGAAUUAAGGACAUUUCACAUAACAUUAAUUAUUUAGAUAGUAGUAACCUUAAACACAAGAUAAGCAUUAAUUCUGUAAAGUACCAUAGCACUUCUUACAAUUAUUGGCACAAGGAGUACAAAUAUUAUGGACAUUACCAUACCCAUCCAUACAUUCAGCUAAGCAUUCAUUUUAAUAAUAAGCCAAAGGAAAAUUGCAAGACAAACAAUUUUAUGAUAAUAAUCCGUAGCAAGUCCUACAAAUGGGAUGGCAAGGAGAGCACAAGCUUCCAAUAUUAUUAUUAUAAUAUCCAUCAGGACAUUAGUUGUAACACAAACUAUUGCUCUUUAAUCUGUAAUAACCUCUUGCGCAAAGCAAACAGUUUUAGGUUUAAUCAAUACAUGAGGAACAUCCCUUCCAACAUUGUAGGCACACAUCACCAUCCUUAUAGAAUCCACUCAAGCAAGUAAAUUUGCAUUCUCCACUAAUAAUGUUUUUCACAUUCAACACAUCCCCUGGAUUACAAGAUAAACAAUUGACAUUAGUACUAUUAUCACAUGUUUUACAUGAAGGGUCACAUAAGUAACAUUAUCGAGCUUAAAAAUUUCCAUAAUAACCAUCAUCGCAUAUAAUUUAACAUUCAUUUUUGCUUGCCAUAUAAUAAUACCCCUCUAAACAUUGUUAGCAUGUCAAUGAAAUACAUUUUUAGCAGUUAUUUAUGCAAGGUGCGCAUGCUGUUCCUGAAAAAUAUUCCCCUUCCACACAAAUAAAGCAUUGUGAAUUCAAUAAUAUUCCUGAAGGUAUGCAAUCAGUGCAAGUUGUUGCUGAUGUAUCGCAUUUUAAACAAUUUGAAUCACAAAUUGUACAUUUUGGAUCAGUAGGGACACUACUAUCUUAGAAGUAUCCAUCAGGACAUUGCUACACACAUUAAUUGGUCUUGCUUCUGAAAUACCCACUUUGACAAUUUAUA